GUGACAGCACACGGUCGUCUGCAGCCAGGCGUCCCCGCGGGGAGCCAGGUUCCUUAUAGGGCGGAUCCUUAUAGGGUCGAUUCCUAUAGGGCCUUCUGUGCAGGUGCUCCGUGCCGUUUGUAGCCCUGGGGGCUGCGGGUCCGGCCCCAAAGCACUCGGGUGAGCCGUGUGAUGAUUGCUGCGGGAGGAGCUGCGCUCCUUGCCAGCUGAUGGGAACGCUGAGCGCUUCUAUUGAUGCACUGCACGAGGCCUUCCUACCGCCUCUGUGCUUUGAGACGACCGGCAAUAAACCGAGGCGAGAAAACCUCGCCCUAUAGAGACACCGAAAGGCCAACCUGCCUGCUAGCUGCUCGAGCCGAAGGGGAAAAGAAAUCCUGAGGUUUAUUGUUCGUCGGCAACGAGCUGAUGGGAGGCUGCCCCUAUAGCUGCACUGCUUUGGGAUAACCCCCAUCCUGCCUGCUGUUGUGUCUGUGGGGAGGGCUGUUGGUACGCUGAAGGUUUGAGGCUGGCAGCAGCAGCAGGCGUUGUGCUCCUUUCUCUUAUCUCCUGCCAGCUGGAGUGGUCCCCAGGUGGUAAAAGCAGACUUUCUCCCAAAGGGUUUGGCUUGAUGGCCAACUGAGUGUAAACAGGAGAAGAGUUCAAAGUCUGGAUGACCGGAGCUCGGAGUUUCUGAUGAGGACAACGAGUGUGCCGGCUUGUGCAACAGCUUCCUCCAGAAUAGACUCCUUGUUAUGUAAUGACAAGGUGCUGCUCUCAGUGUCAGCGUUAAGCUUUGACAAAGCAAAUAACCCAAAUCCCAUUUUUUACAGCAGCUUUUCUCUAGCUGUCUGUAACUGCUCCCUAACUUCUGUGGUGUUGGAGAUAAAGCAUCGAGCAGUUGUGGUCCAGGGAGCUCAGCAGAGCUGGGCAUCCUAUACCCAACCUGCAGAGCUGCUUGAUGUUCUGGAAAGCCAACAAGCAUAUCUGAGCAUUCUGCAAGGCAGGGAAAGAUGGGAUGGUCUCUAACCUCAGUUCCAAGCAGCCACGGUGAGAAAAUGAACGUAACACCCUAACUGGUGAAGGAAAUAGCUGAAUGUGUGCAGUGCAAAUGUCUACAGAGGUGGUGUGUCUUGCAGAGAGAGAAAUGCCACAGGGUGAUGUCCGUAAGGACAAAAGAAAGGAUGGCAUGCAGGGGGCCCUGUUUCAGAAAGGGUUCUUCAAUUUUUUUUCCUGUUUACCUUCCCUAUUAGCAGUUGUCCUUAUCUCUGUGUUGUAAAGAAAUGCUGCCUUUUGGGAAUAAACAGAUGGGAAUUCAUGAAGUUGGAUGCAGUCCAAGGGGCAGCUGCUGUAGAGGAAAAUCUGCUGGUGUGUGUAGCCUGAGACUGCAGGAUCAAAAAGGUCUUCAGCUGGUGCAUGGGGGCAUCACAGCCUGCUAAACUGCAGACAGAGCAAAAGUCAUGUUAACCUGACUGUCAUGAGAGCCAAGUUUGAUCCUGCAGUCACAGAAGAGUUGCAUCGAGGUGGCGUGAAGCCAGCUGCUGUGUUAUUUUCACUGUGUAAAUGCACUUGUUUUACUGUGUUUUCACAAGAUUGUCUGCCAUAGCUUACAGUGAGGGCUGGUCAGAGGGACCUCUUGGUGAUGAUUGAUGGUGGUUGUAGCACAGGACCCCUUUUCCUUUUACUUGCCAUCAGAUGCAUGUCCUGUACCCACUGUGCCACUUCUGAGGAGCCUCAGUAAGUUUGCAGAUGACACCAAGUUGGGGAGGGUGUGUUGAUCUUCCUGAGGGGAGAAAAGCACUGCAGAGGGACCUGGAUGGACUGGAUCUAUGGGCCAAGGUUAGCUGUAUGAGUUUCAAUAGGGCCAAGUGUCGGGUCCUGCAUUUUGGUCACAACAACCCCAGGAAACCCUACAGGCUUGGAGAAGAGUGGCUGGAAAGCUGUCUGACGGAAAAGGACCUUGAUGUGCUGAUAUUCAGUCGGCUGAAUAUGAGCCAGCAGUGUGCCCUGGUGGCCAAGAAGGCCAAUGGCAUCCUGGCUUGGAUCAGCAAUGAGCGCUCACCAUGGUCAAUGAGAACCAGCAUACCUGCAGUGCCAGCUCCAGCUCCAAGUCCGAUGGCGGCAGCAGCAGUGGGAGUGAGAGCUCCAAGGACAGCUCACGCUGCUCCACUCCUGUCCUCGAUGCCGAGCGUCACGAGCGACUGCGGGAGAAGAUGCGGCGGCGGCAGGACUCUGGGGACAGGUGGUUCUCCCUGGAGUUCUUCCCUCCACGCACAGCCAACGCUGCUGUCAAUCUCAUCUCCAGGGGACCCAGGAUCUGACAAGGAAACCUCCUCCAUGAUUAUUGCCAACACUGCAGUCAACUACUGUGGCCUGGAGACCAUCCUUCACAUGACGUGCUGCAAUCAGACCAAGGAUGACAUCACAGGGCACCUGCAGAAGGCCAAACGGCUGGGGCUGAAGAACAUCAUGGCAUUGCGUGGAGAUCCUGUUGGUGAGGAAUGGGAGGAAGAAGUACAUGGAUUCAAUCAUGCUGUUGACCUGGUUAAGCACAUUCGCAGUGAAUUUGAUGAUUACUUUGACAUCUGUGUGGCAGGCUACCCCAAGGGUCAUCCUGAAGCAGAGAGCUAUGAGGCAGACCUGAAGCACCUGAAGGAGAAAGUUCUUGCUGGAGCAGACUUCAUCAUUACACAGCUUUUCUUCCGACCAGAAACCUUUCUCAAGUUCAUGAAGGACUGUCAAGCCAUUGGCAUUACCUGCCCCAUUAUUCCUGGCAUCUUCCCCAUACAGGGUUACCACUCUCUGCGCCAGCUGGUGAAGCUCUCCAAACUGGAAGUGCCCCAGGAAAUCAAAGAUGUGAUUGAACCCAUCAAGGAUAACGAUGCAGCUAUCCGGAAUUAUGGGGUGGAGCUGGCAGUGUCCAUGUGCCGGGAGCUGCUGGACAGUGGCCUGGUGCAUGGGCUUCAUUUUUACACCCUCAAUCGGGAAGUGGCUACCACUGAAGUCCUCAAGCGCCUUGGCAUUUGGAAUGAGGACCCUAGGCGACCUCUGCCUUGGGCAGUCAGUGCUCACCCCAAGAGAAGAGUUGAAGAUGUUCGGCCAAUCUUUUGGGCCUCUAGGCCUAAAAGCUACAUCUAUCGAACUCAAGAGUGGGAUGAUUUCCCCAACGGUCGAUGGGGUAACUCCUCUUCUCCGGCCUUUGGGGAGCUGAAGGACUAUUAUCUCUUCUACCUGAAGAGCAAGUCUCCCCGUGAGGAGCUCCUGAAGAUGUGGGGAGAAGAACUGACUGGUGAGGAAAGCGUCUUUGAGGUUUUCACAUGUUACAUCACCGGAGAGCCCAACAAGAAUGGACACAGGGUUACGUGUAUGCCCUGGAACGAUGACCCUCUUGCUACUGAGACCAGCCUUCUGAAGGAGCAGCUGGAGAAGGUCAACAGACGAGGAAUCCUGACUAUUAACUCCCAGCCAAACAUCAAUGGCAAACCAUCCACAGACCCCAUUUUUGGCUGGGGACCUAGUGGAGGUUAUGUCUUCCAAAAGGCAUACCUAGAGUUCUUCACCUCCAGUGAGAUCGUCACAGCACUGCUCAAAGUGUUGAAGAAGUACGAGUUGCGGGUGAACUACCACAUUGUCAACGUCAAGGGCCAGAAUAUCACCAACGCUCCUGACCUGCAACCCAAUGCUGUUACCUGGGGCAUCUUUCCAGGCAGGGAGAUAAUCCAGCCCACCGUGGUAGACCCUGUAAGCUUCCUUUCCUGGAAGGAUGAGGCCUUUGCUCUGUGGAUUGAGCAGUGGGCCAAGCUCUACGAAGAGGAGUCGCCCUCUCGCAUGAUCAUCCAAUACAUCCACGACAAUUAUUAUUUGGUCAACCUGGUGGACAAUGACUUCCCACUUGAGAACUGCCUCUGGCAGGUUGUGGAUGAUACUUUUGAGCUGUUGAACUCUCCACCUCAGCAGUGAAAAACUCGUUUGCUCCCUUAGUUCUCCCUUCCAUCUGCUGACUGCAAGGAGAGAAAAAGCAGCUCCUUUCAGAAUGCUGGACCAGAGGCUCCUAAACCCAGUCAGCGUUGCUGCUCAGAGUCAGGCAACUCUGAUCAACCCCCAUUACAAGCUCUUCUAUCCCGACAGAAAUGUUCCUUAUCCCUUUCCACUGAACAGUAGCCAGAAGAACCACCUGUACUUCUGAGCUGAGGUUCUCUGUUGAGCUUGAACGCCAGCUCUGCAGGAUGGAGGGGUGCUCACCAUGGUUAUGUUGAUCACAGCUUGUAGGAGAAACCUUGCACACCAAUGUGGUACAGCUCAGUGGAAGUCUGGCAACUUUGUUCUGCAAGGCAUGCUGCUUUGGGGGCAGAAACACUCCUGUCAACAACAUCUAUGCAAGGAAGUUGAUGCAGCAGCUACCAACCAUAAAAAGAAGCUCAAACUGCUUUUACGUUGCACUCCAAAGAUGUAUUGCAUUACAACUAAUAUCAGACUCUUUUUGUGCUCACUCCAGAAGAAGGUUUAAUCUUUCCUAACUUUUCCUCUUAGCUGUACUUCCUGAUUUUUAGGUUUUUUCUUAAUGGGAAUAUGAAUUCCACUUCUGGAUGUGAUCAAAUAGGAAUCACUCUACUUAAAUGUACAAUAAACUACAUGUAUACAAGUG